AUGACAUCGAACGAUCCUGGACACAUAAACAAUCUAACGCGUGCACAAAUCAAUGCACUUCGGCAAGCGUGGAAGAAUCUAAUUGAAGCUGUAAAUAAAGAAAUUUCGGUACCGAAUAAACAUAUAGCUGAUUCUGUCUAUGGAGACGAAUUAUUUCGUGCAAUGGGCUACGAUAAUCCCGAUGUUCUACUCUUACGAUGGCUUCGUUCUCGUAAAUGGGAUGUUCAAGCAUGCAUCCAUCAGAUUAUUGAAACAUUGAAAUGGCGACGAGAUUGGGGCGUGCAAGAGCUAGUGGCUAAAGGUGAACGUGCCAUAUCAGAAGAAGAGAUCUCAACAAAUAAAACAUAUUUUAUGGGUCAUGAUAAAAUGGGAAGACCAGUUUGUUGUAUUCAUCCAAAAGAACACAUCAAAGGACAAUUUCCUCAUGAGUUCAGUGAACGAUUGACUGUCUUCUGUGUAGAAACCUAUCGAAAAUUACUUCAACCACCUAUUGAAUCCGUUACAGUUAUUUUUGAUAUGUCUGGUUGUGAUUCAAAGAAUAUGGAUUUUCAUCAAGUGAAAUUUCUUAUCCAUUUGCUUGAUAAUUAUUAUCCAGACUCACUCGGUCUUAUUCUUAUUGUUAAUUUUCCCUGGCUUCUAGGUAAAAGUUGGACAUUAAUUAAAUCGUGGUUAAAUCCAACAGUUCAGAAGAAAGUACAAUUUAUUCACAGCAAUGAAGAAUUAUCUCAAUAUAUUGAUCCAGCUGUUCUUCCGAAAAGAUUAAAUGGUGCACAACCAGAUUUCAAAUAUGUGCCGCCAACGAAGGAGGAUAAUGCCAUGUACGAAGCCUUUCGUGCCGAUACUGAAGGAAAAGCUGCGGCCGAAGCAGCUCACCGAGAUGCUGUUCGAACUUAUCUCAAUGCAACAUCACUAUGGGCAAACGGUGAUGAAACACGGCAAGUUCUAUCAGAAAGAAGAAAAGCACGAAAAGAACUUCGAAAUGCAUUUGAACAACUUUCACCGUAUAUAAGUACUCGCACAAUCUACCAUCGUGUUGGUGUGAUCAAAGAACCCAUUUUUGAAGAUGCAUAUGAACGAUUGAAAGAAAAAACUGAAAGAAAAAGUCUAACAUUUUUUUGA